AUGGCACCAAAAAAAAAAGCAUAAAAAAAAGAAACUUAACCAAGUAUGAUUUUAUCAUUAUUUCAUUAGGCAAAAAGUAACCAACUAAAAUAGAGAAAGUUCAACCAGCACCUAUAGUUCCAAGUGUUGUAUAAACUAAAUCUAAGAACAAUAAACCAGACUUCUAUUUUGUGAUUCCAUAAGAUGAAGAGGAGCAUUAUAGAAAAGAAGUAUACCAAAGGAGAGAGAAUAGAAAUAAAAGUUGCAUAGAUAUGAAUGAAAUUAGACAGUACAAUUAUAAUUAAAAGGAGGGAUAAUUUCGCGCCUCAAGAGAUUCCUGUUAUUAAUAAGGUAUCUUAAAAAAUUGUGAUUGAGUAAGAAUGUACCAAUGAUACCUCGCAGUUAUUUACAUUGAAUCAAUCAGAGUUGCCUACUAAUGCCUCAAGACAAUUAAAUAAACCUAAGAUAUUAUCUAUAAAACCAAAAAAAUUACUUAUGACUGUUAAACCUUAAGAUGAUACUAUGGACAUGGAAGAUGAUUGGUAUGAAGAACUUAACAAGGAUAUCAAUCAUACUAAGCAUUUUCUAUUAGGAGUUCCAAAAUAAUAAUCAUUUCAUAAUGAAAAAUCAUUGACAACAGAAAGAAAUUCAACUACCAAAAAUACUAAAAAAAUUGAUCUUGAUUUACAAAUUGAACCUACUCAAACUUAAACAACUGUUAAAUUAACUAAGGCUAUGAAAACAAAAUUAGAUUCUAUGAAUGAAUGUUACAAUUCACUAUUGGAAGCAACAGUUCCAGAAGAAAUCUUGUGUAGAGAUUAAGAAAAAGACUUAAUUACUAAAUUUAUAGAAGAUGGUAUAAAAAAUAAUGGAUAAUCUUAAGCCUUAUGUAAUAUUAAUUUUUAUUAAUUUUAGAUAUAUCUGGAGUCCCAGGAAUUGGUAAGACUGCAACUGUUAUGGAAGCAUAAAAGAAAUUAUCAACUAAAAAAGAUAAUUUCUAAUUUAUAUAUGCAAAUGCAAUGAAUUUUGGAUUACCAGAUAAUAUAUAUUCUUUUCUAUUAGAAAAAAUCACUAAUAUAAAGGAUGCAUCAAAAGUCUAAGCUUGCAUUUUAUUAAGUAUUAAUAACUCAUUAUAAAUUUAGCUGAACUAUUUACUAAAGGUUCUUUACCUACUACAUACAAAGCAUAUGAAAAAUCAGUAAUUAAAAAGAAUAGAGUUAUUCUAUUAGAUGAAUGUGAUAAUCUAUUUACUCCUGAUUAAUAAGUAUUAUAUAAUUUGGUGGAUUGGCCAUAAUAAAAACAUGCAAAGCUUACUAUAAUUAUGAUUGCCAAUACUAUGGAUUUCCCAGAGAGACUUAAACCAAAAUUAUAAUCUAGACUAGGAAAUCAUAGAGUAGUAUUUAGACCAUAUACCAGUGCUUAAAUAGAAACAAUAUUAUAAUAAAGAAUGAAAGAGAAGAAAAUAAAAGAAUUGUUUGCUUCUAACACUCUUAAUUAUCUAGGUAAAAAGAUAGCAACAAUUUCAACUGAUAUAAGAAAGACUUUAUGUGUUUGUAGAAAAGCUAUAGAAAUUGGAAAAGAGGAACUUUAAAGAACUGGAUAAUUUAAAUAAAUUGAAGUCAAUCAUGUUAAAUUAGCAUAUGAUAGAAUUUAUAACAAAGCUUAUCAUGCAUGUUUAAAUUCAUUUAGUAAAUCUAUGAAAUUGACAUUAAUUACUACUGCUUUAGAAAUUCAUAUUAAAGGAUAUAAUAUAGCUUAUCUUUAAUAAGUUCUUUAGAGAUAUAAUCAAUACUUAAUACAAAAUAAAGAUGAUCCUAUUGGAUAUUAAGAGAUGAAAUAGAUACUAUUGAAAUUGAGUGAAUUAAAUUUAGUUGAAAUAAAAGAAUAAAAUAUUCUAUUGACCAAAACUUCUUGGUAAUAGAAAGUGAAUGUAAAUAAAUGUUUUAUUUUAGGAUUCACUAUAGAAAGACAAUUUGAGAAAUAUUAAUGAUGUAAUGAUUCAUUUGAAAAUUAAUGUUGACGAUAUCAAGAAUGGUCUCUCAAAUGACACAUUAUUUUAAUAGUUUUCUUAGUUUUUCUGA